AUGGAGACACUGGCAGUGUUGGGUAAAAGAGCCAGUGAAGACAGAAGACAGAAGUUGAGCCUUUGUCACAACCUGCUGCACAUGAUGUACCGGGAUUCUCAGUGCUGGUCGUACACAUUUCAGACCUUUUCGUGUAUGAGUCGUUUAAGAACUCAGCUGGAGCCUGUUCCUGCUCGCCUGCUCUACUCAAAAGGAACACCUGUCCAGUUGUAUGAACGCUCAGUGUACAGUGACAGGUAUAUAUUUGCCCUCAACAUGUUCAAGCUGGGAUGCAUCAACUCCACAGAGUGGGCAGUCUGCCAGGACUGGCACUCCUUUGUGGUGGAGCAGCUUGGACACCAGGUGGAGCUGGAGGGUAUUAUCUUCCUCAGAGCCACACAAUGAAGUUCAUUGUCAUCGCUACACCCUUAUUUUUAGCAGUGUGUGAGGAUGGUGUCUGUAAAAGAUUUCACCGUAUGUUUGUAUGAAAUACGAAAGAGGUAAUACUUUUUAUUUUAUUAUUGCGUGAUUACUGUGCAUAUACUGCUAUAUACCUUUAGUUCUAUACUGUAUGAUGCUAUGUCUGACCCAUUGUGGUUGUAAUGCUACUUUUAUUCCCCAGGUAAAGAACUUUUUUCUCUUCUGUCUUUGUGAUAAGACAGUCAUCAAUGAGAAGAAACAAGAAAAACAUCAGUUAGUUGUCUGCGUUGACUCAUCUGUGAACGCCAUCCAUCCAUCCAUCCAUCUUCAACCGCUUAUCCGGGGCCGGGUCGCGGGGGCAACAGUCUGAGCAGGGACACCCAGA